AUGGUUGGACUAAAGCCUUCAGACGUACCUCCCACAACAGCUGUGAAGUUCCUGGGGGCAGGCACAGCGGCCUGUUUUGCUGAUCUCCUCACCUUUCCACUGGACACAGCCAAGGUUCGCCUGCAGAUCCAAGGGGAGAACCAGGCGAUGCAGACAGCCCGGAGAACCCAGUACCGUGGCGUGCUGGGCACCAUCCUGACCAUGGUGCGCACCGAGGGCCCCCGCAGCCCCUACAACGGGCUGGUCGCUGGCCUGCAGCGCCAGAUGAGCUUUGCCUCCAUCCGCAUCGGCCUCUACGACUCUGUCAAGCAGUUCUACACCCCCAAAGGAUCGGACCACUCCAGCAUCACUACCCGGAUUUUGGCAGGCUGCACCACAGGAGCCAUGGCGGUAUCAUGUGCCCAGCCCACGGACGUGGUGAAGGUCCGAUUUCAGGCCAGCAUACAUCUUGGGGCUGGGAGCAGCAGGAAGUACAGCGGGACAAUGGAUGCCUACAGGACCAUCGCCAGGGAGGAAGGGGUCAGGGGCCUAUGGAAAGGAACUUUGCCCAACAUCACAAGGAACGCCAUCGUCAACUGUGCUGAGAUGGUGACCUAUGACAUCAUCAAGGAGAAGCUGCUAGACUAUCACCUGCUCACUGACAACUUGCCCUGCCACUUCAUCUCUGCCUUUGGAGCCGGCUUCUGUGCCACAGUGGUGGCCUCCCCAGUGGACGUGGUGAAGACCCGGUACAUGAACUCGCCCCCAGGCCAAUACCGCAGCCCCUUGGACUGUAUGCUGAAGAUGGUGGCCCAUGAGGGCCCCACAGCUUUCUAUAAGGGGUUUACACCAUCUUUUUUGCGUUUGGGAGCCUGGAAUGUGGCGAUGUUCGUGACCUACGAGCAGUUGAAACGGGCCUUGAUGAACGUCCAGAUGCUACGGGAAUCUCCAUUCUGA